GUUUAGUCACGACACCAAAUGGAAUUUUAUUUUGGAGGUACUUCACCGGAAGUCAUGGUUCCCUUUCAGCUGUCAUGACACCGGCUGAAGUGAGAGGAACCACGCCGAGGGACUGCAGCAAGCCACAGGAUGGAGGUAUCAAGAAGAAGAGUCCUACAAAAACAUCUGGAGCCUGCAAGGCCACUGCGUCGAUGCAUCCAAGCUGAUAUUGAACCCAUGAUAAGUCCUGCAACAUGUGCACAGGCAAUGAUCAAGGAAAUGAAUGAAGAGAAAAAUAUUGAAAUCGAGCAGUUUUACAAGAUUGUCAACCUCCACAAGCAGAAAGAAGGAAGAAUCUCUUACUCAAGAGAUUUUUUGAUUGGUCUGGCAAGUUGUCCCGAAGCCAGAAGGAAGCCGGAGUAUCUUCCAGAGCACCCCAUAGUCCUAACUGAGGCCAGAGAUCUUGAGCACCUUAAGCUUCAUGAAAGGAGGUGGAAUGGUGGACAUGAAGACAUGUUUCCACCUCAACUGUAAUACUUCAGCUGUAUGAGAGAUCCACGAUUUGGGAUUCAAAUGAAGCAAAGAUACGGAAUUCACACAUCUUAACACCCGAUCAAAGAGACAUUGUAAUAUUGCUCUGAACUUGUUUGGACAAAAUGUCAAAUUUACUGUUUGAACAACUAUUUCCUGUUUAUAAUAAAAUUUGAACUUGUU